GACCAAAAAGGUAAGCACGAUCAUUGCGUGGUUUAACAUCUAUAGAAUGGAAAAAUAAACAAGAAAGCAACUAAGUGUACUAGUUUAAGCAGUAGAAGUGGAAAGUGGUUGCAGAGUAGAAGUCGAGAUGGCCAACCUUCCAAAUUCAAAGCUUUAUGGGAAAGAGAAGAUGAAAGGAGAGCAAGAAUUAGAAGAUGAAGAAAGCUUCUCGCGUGCUAUGCUGCUUUGCAGCUCCGUUGUGGUUUCCAUGGCGCUGCAAUCGGCAACGGAGCUGGGCGUAUUUGACGUGUUGCAAGAAGCGGGGGCUAAGCUCUCUGCGAAAGAGAUAGCAUCCAAGCUUUCCUGCGACAACAACCCUGAAGCAGACUCAAUGCUGGAUCGCCUUCUAGCCCUUCUAGCCUCUCACUCCAUUCUUAACUGUUCUCUCAUUCUCGACCACCAAAACCUGGGGACCUUUCAGAGGCUCUACACCAUCACUCCCGUCGCCAGAUUCUUUGCUCGCAAUUCUGAUGGGGUUUCCUUGGGACCCUUGAUGGCCUUGCUUCAAGACAAGAUCUUCCUACAUAGCUGGUCGGAGCUGAAAGAUUCAAUUCGGGAAGGGGGUAUUCCAUUCAACAGGGUUUAUGGCACUCAUGCUUUUGAGUAUCCAAGGUUGGACGCAAGGUUCAAUCAAGUUUUUAACACAGCAAUGAUCAAUCACACCACUAUAGUGAUGAAGAAGGUUCUGGAGUGCUACAAAGGUUUUGAGAACAUAAAAAUGCUUGUGGAUGUUGGUGGUGGUCUUGGGAUCAACAUCAACUUGAUCACUUCCAAAUACCCUCAUAUCCAGGGUAUCAAUUUUGACUUGCCUCAUGUCCUAGAACAUGCUCCUUCCUAUCCUGGAGUGGAACACGUUGGCGGAGAUAUGUUUGAAAAUGUGCCUAAAGGAGACGCCAUCUUUAUGAAGUGGAUACUUCAUGAUUGGAGUGAUGAAUACUGUCUGAAGUUGUUGAAGAACUGCUAUGACGCAAUUCCUGAUGAUGGAAAGGUGAUAGUUGUGGAGGCAGUUCUUCCAAUUAUACCAGAGACGUCAAAUGCUGCUUGGAAGGCCGUUUCCCAAACGGAUGUUCUGAUGAUGACUCAAAACCCGGGAGGCAAAGAGCGAUCUGAUCAAGAAUUCAUGGAUUUGGCAACUGCAGCUGGAUUUAGUGGCAUCAGAUAUGAAUGCUAUGUUCGAACCUUUUGGAUCAUGGAGUUCUUCAAGUAAACAACCAUAUACUACUCUGCAUGCCCCUUUAUGCUUUUCGUCAUUUUUAAUUAACAAAACACGCUCAGGUGUGUAUUAUCAUAAGUUUGUUUUUUUUUAAAUAAUUAUCUGAUGAAAUCUAAUUCAGUUUAUAAAUAUUAAACUCACUUUUUACUAA